AUGAUUGGCCGAAAUGACUCCACGAAAGCUGGAGAAAUAACAGAAAGGCAGAAAAAGAAUGGAAAGAAGAAGAACCAUAAGAUGGUAUGUGUUCAGCUGCUCCCUCUUCUGUUCAUAUUGAUAAAUAUCAAGUGCGUAGUUUCUGUAAGAACACACACUUUUGGGAGCAGGUUAUUUAUACAACACAAGAACAACGACUUCGUCCAUAGUGGUGAGCGUGACCAAGGGAGACGAAAGGAAGUCCCGGCGUUUGUCAAUGCAAAUUAUAAGAAGAGUUUGAAGCUCCCCAGUCGGUCCAUCUUAGAUCGGUUGAGGAAUCCUUCAAAGUGCUUAUCACCCCUAGAGGGUAGUUUCCAAAGUGUGCAGGUGAGGAGGAAAGAAAGGAAAGGGGACGCCUCCCCGUUACAAGAUUUGAACAUUACACAUAGCAGUUCCGUAGCUGUAAUUCAGGAUGAAGUUAAAAAUGUAGUCAGAGAGAAGGGGGAUAUUCUAUCCAACGGGUUUAACGAGCGCACACAAAGUAGGCAUACGCUGGGUGUAGGAAUUGACACACUUAGAGGUGAUUCGGAGGAUCAAGUUAAACAUGAUAGAGGGAGAGAAAUUGAAAAGGGGAAGAGCCCCAAACGGGAAGAGGGGCAAAGCAAGGAAAUUAGUCAGACACACACAAGGGUAGGAAGUCUAAUCCGUAGGAAUAGAGGGCCUCAUCGAAAGAAGGGAACCCCCCAGGGUGUGGUGGAUAUACAGAACACAAAUGUACGGAGUUUUUUGCAGGGCGCUGAAGAGAGUCGAUCGCUCCACCUGCUGAACUACAUAUAUCAGUCGUGGAAGGAGAAGAACUUCGCCAACUUCGUCACGGCGAUAAAGGAUGAAGGGUUCAAUCAUACAUGUGUAGAAAAAUGGCUACAUAAAAUGUCCAUUGGGCUAAAUAAGAAAUACAUAAAAAUAUAUCUGAAGAAGGAUUAUGUGUUGAUUAAAAAUAAAUAUUUCGAUCCAAAUCAAACGAGGGUGAAAGAAUUUCAUCUAUCUUAUGAAGAUAUUAACAGAUGCCUAGAAAUUUUAAUAAAAAACAUGGGUAAAUUUUGUUCAUACGAAAUGUCGUCCAUCCUUUGGGCCAUCACAAUUAUCUUGAUAAAACUAUUCAAAGGUUCCAACAGUAUUGAUAUCAGUGGCUGCGAUUUUUACUUACAAAAUAAGGCGGUGACAACUAGGCUGUUUCAUAAUUUUAUGAAAUUUUUUUCGUUGAUUGCUUUUCACUUGAAUAAGGUGAAGGAGUACUUGUCCAUCGAUGAGUCCCUGUGGGUGAUCUGGAGCCUGUGCAAACUGUUGCACUUUAAUGUGUUGUCCGCGGGAGGCGCCUCUUCAGGUGGCAAUGGUGGAAUUGGCAAAGGUAGAAGUGACUCUUCAUUGGAUAAAUCUUCGUUGGAUAAAUCUUCGUUGGAUAAAUCUUCGUUGGAUAAAUCUUCGUUGGAUAAAUCUUCGUUGGAUAAAUCGUCGUUGGAUAAAUCGUCGUUGGAUAAAUCUUCGUUGGAUAAAUCUUCGUCGGGUGAUUCCCCAUUGGGUGAUCUCUCCACCGGUGGGUACGUCGGGGGAGAGCGCCUUGGCGAAGAAUCCCCGUACAGCCCCCACCAAAUAGUCUACCUCAAAAACAAGUUCCAUCUGACCGAAGAAAGCGUCAAAAACAUUCUUGACAUAUUCAACUACAUAUACAAGCACCUCCACGAAAACCUACAAUUCCUGCAGGAAAAAUAUUACAUCUACAUCCCUUUCAUCAUCUUUGAAUCCCACACCUUGUUGUUGACAAAUAGCGUCUUGUUACUAAACAAAAUAAUAUCUAUAAUUUUGAAGAGAAAAAUUUUACUCUCCCUUUUUAAUUUCGACACAUUGAAAAAGCAACACAGAAGAAGGACACUUAAAGGGCAACAUAAGGGAAGUAGUCUCUCCGUCAGCGUUUCCAACAGGAAAAAUAGUUACCCACAGUACAUGGAUAUUUUUAAAAUAAAAACCUUAAGCAAAGUGUACAAACUCAUAAAGUGUAUUUCAAAAAUAUUUUACCCUUUGAAGAAUCCAAAUAUCAGGAACUUAAAUCUUCACAAUAAUUAUAGGAAUUUGGAUGUGGCUCUACUGGGAGAUUUCGUUCGAGCAUGUAAUGAUGUCCUGGUGAAGUAUGUGGAUUACUUCAUGUUUAUCAUUGGUUACGAUGGGGGAGAACCCUUCUCUGUGAAGGAAUGCAGUUCGAAUGGCUCAGAUGAAGUUCCUAAGGGGAAGGAUCGACUACUUCCACACGUAGAACAUCUUCGUAUGGAUCAUAAGAACGAACUGAUUUUCAUUUACAACUGUUUGAAGAGCUCCCUUGUGUCUCUGAUAAAGUUGGACCUGAAGGACAAGUACAUGUACGAAUGGCUGAACGGGAACGUGCACAUGUUUCAAUUUGAACAGUUUCCCGAGGGAGACCACAGAAGUCGUGGCACGGUAAAAGGCAAUCCCCCAAUGGGUAACCUACAAAUGGGUAUGCCCCCAAUGGGUAACAGCUUAGGUAGCCAUUAUAAUGACCUAUUCCAAAGCGAGAACCCUAGUGGAGAGUUACCCGAGGAAGAGCUCUUGGGAGAAGGCCAUUCAUUUGUGGAAAGUACCACCUUGGGGGAGACCAACUCUGCGCAUCCCUCAUAUGGCGAAUCCGAAAUUGGGGAUGGCAACCCCCACUUUAGCAAAGAUGAAAAAGUCAAUGUAAUUUCCUUGGUCCCAACUGAGGUUGUAGAUGCUAGUAUCGAUGAUGGGCAUACUUUGGAAGGAUCUAGUGGUCCAUGUGGAAUUUCCCCUCCAGAUGGAAAAGUGAACUCCAAUGAUGUAUGUCUGGAUGUACUGGCAUUAAGCAAAUUCACAAAAUUGUACAGCACAGAAAUGAAAAGGAAACUAAUAGAAAAUGUGAAGCGGAGCAUUGCAGAUUCUUUGAAGGAAUUUGAAGAUUUGUAUAGAAGUAGCGACACCGAGCAGGUGCACUACCCGACAUACGUGUCGAGUAACGAUAUAUACAUUAUGAAGGAAAAGCGAAUAGAAGAACUGUAUAAUGAGGAGACAAAGACCUUUUAUAAAAAAAAAAAAAGUGUCAAAUUCAGGAAUAUUAUAAUGCCAAAACAGCUAGCUAUUUAUGUUAACUACAUAGGAAGAAAUAUGAAUUUAGUUGAAACUAGAAAACAACUGGACGAAAUUUUCUACCUCUCCGUAAUGUAUAUGAACACAACCAGAUUUAAUUACUGCACUUCUAAUGAUAUAAUUCAUUUCCUACAAGGGCUAUUAAAUUAUUUCGAAUUAGACAAAAAAGGAAUGAAUGCUUUAUCUGAACAAGUCAGCAGAAUGUUAAUACUGAUGUGUACCAUUGUGGAGAACUCUUUCCUGAAAUGGAAGUCUUCAAAUAUUUGUCAGCUCAUUUAUCUGCUAACAAAAUACAAACAUAUACACAGAAAUAUUUUUAAUAAAUUCGACUGGUUGUUGAAUACCAUUGAAUUCCCUUAUUACGUGUAUGAGAAGGCUCAGGUGGACACUUCCGGGGGGGAGGAAGUUGGUUUUGAUGAGCACCUUGUGGAGAACACAGCUGCUCAGUCCGAUUUUUCAGAUAGGAACGCGAAAAUGAAUUCUUACGAUAUGGAAGGUACUCGAUCUGAUUAUCUAGAUAGGAAUGAUGUUCAGGCCGAUUCUGCAGAGAGCACGGAAAUACUGUCCACCUCUCCGACGCGACGCACCGAGAGGAGUAGCAAAUCCACACGCAUUAGCAUAAACGAGAUAAAGUACGACAACCUGGGCUCAGCACUAUGGGCGAUGACUUCGCUGAACAAGCACGUAAUAAAAAAAAAGUUUUUCCUAAAAUUUUGUUACCUUUUCUCAGUGUACAUUUCUCUUCACAUGAAAUUGUACUUAAGUCAGAUGCAUCCACAUGGAUACCACAGAAACGGUUUGGAUGGCUCGAAUGAACAGAAUGUGAAAAGAGAAGCUGAAAAUGAUGAUGCUUUCUUACAACACAAUGCCAGUUAUUUUAAGUUACCCCUGGAUACUAUGACGAUAAGUAUCUACGUGAACACCUUUGCAAGGAAAAUAAAAAUUGGCUUCAAGCAUCUGUUCGAUGUUAUUGAGAACGACGUUAGAGUUGUAUCAAAUUUUUCCUUGAAGGAACUUUCUUAUAUUAUGUAUUCCUUGGCCAAUGUAGAUAGGAAUGCCUUGGGAGACAGCAUCUUCCAUGGUAAAUCAGUUUGUCACAACGGGGGUGAUGCUACGGAGGAGAAUAAACGCAGCUUUGAGCGUUUUCUGCACGGAAAGAGCGCCCUGUGGGUGGACGAGAUGGACGGCAUGUUCGAUGCGGCACAGGGGCUGCCCCCCAAGGAGAUACCCCUUAAGGAGAUACGUAGCCAAGAAGAGGAGCCAACCUCUAACGAUGCGCUGCAUCCUAACGGUAAGGACAACGGUAACAGCAAUGACAAGAGCAGUGAUAAUAGCGGCAAUGAUAAUAGCGGUAAUGAUAACAGCGGUAAUGAUAACAGAGGCAAUGAUAACAGAGGCAAUGAUAACAGAGGCAAUGAUAACAGAGGCAAUGAUAACAGAGGCAAUGAUAACAGAGGCAAUGAUAAUAGCGGCAGCGAGAAGGACCCUAUGAAGGGAAGGAGCAAAACCAUCGUGAGAAAGGAAAGCUUCUUAAGGCUUAAAAAGGAAAGAAUGGAAAUUUCCAGCGAGUUCUUAAACAGCCUGAUGGAGAAAGUAUACAACUGCGCAUCAGCCAUUUUGCAAAGAAAAAAAAAGUACCUGCAAGAAGUUAUUUCUGAUGAAAACCCUUAUAUGAGUAAUGCCAAUAAAAAAAAAAAAAUUGAAAUAAUUGACUUGAUGAAAUUAGUGUACAGCAUUUUUGUUUUUCUAAAUCAACGGAUUCAAGUCGGUCGAGUCGAUGGUAUUAGAUUUGAUCUGGCUGAGGAGAUUAUUCGCCUGUACAGCCUCAUCGUUAAGAGAUUUCCAAGCACGCUAAAUUAUAUUUACCUCAUCAUUGACACGUACGCCCUCAUAAGCAAUAUCUACACGUUGGAUGCCUUCACGAGGGGUAUCAUAAAGGAAUUUGUUCAAAUUUGCGUAAAGAAGGUGGAAGAAGAGAAGAUGCUGGAUCUGGAGAAGAAAAAAAUUAUGUUGAGUGUUCAAAAUUUGAAGGCGACCAACUGA